CGGUGACGUAUAGCUGCCGGCAGAAAUCUGACCUUGUUGGGGACCUCCGCUAAAGUCUAACGCUAAAGUGGUACCGCCCUAUAACGCUCGCGUAUAUCCCGCUCUGUGUCGUCACACCAGUCAGCUCUAUACCCAGACUACUGCUGUCCGGCGCUCUGUCUGUACCUAAGUCUUCAGACUGUGUCAGCUCUCACUGGACAUAUCGGAGGUUUACACUGAGGGCAAUUCAACUGCCACUUCUGACAUCACUCUAGAAUUUGUCUCUGUUGUAUACAGGUAAGCCGACAGACAAAGUAAUAAAAAAAAUGGCUAACAGACCAAGUGGAUAUGGCCUCAGCGGCGAACUGCAAAGGAAGAUGGCUGGCAAAUAUGACGAGAAUGUUGAACAGGAAGUCGUUGGCUGGAUUGAAGCUGUCACUGGAGAGAAGUUGAGUCAAGGGGGAGGAUCCCUGGGUGCCGAUGGUUUACAAAAAGUCCUUAAAGAUGGCAUUAUUUUAUGCAAGUUGAUGAACAAGUUACAACCAGGAAGUAUCAAGAAAAUCAACGAGGGCAAAAUGGCUUUCAAACUGAUGGAAAACAUCGGCAACUUUUUGACAGCUUGUGAGAAUUACGGUUUGGUGAAAACGGAUCUCUUCCAGACGGUGGAUUUAUUUGAAGGACAGAACAUGCAUCAAGUUGUCAACACCAUCCAGGCAUUAGGAAGAAAAGCUAGAACAAAGGGAUUCAAUGGACCAACAAUUGGCCCCAAGGAGUCUGAUGCCAAUGUCCGUCACUUCACAGAAGAGCAGAUGAAGGCAGGAGAGGGUGUUAUUGGAUUACAGAUGGGAACAAACCAAGUUGCAAGCCAGAAAGGGAUGACGUUUGGCAAACAGCGCAUGAUCAUUGACUGAGAACUCCCCUCCCCCCACUCUCCAUUAUUCAGGAGUAAACAGCUAAACUGUAGACUAAAGUGUCGACUUAUUUGCUUGCCACUGUUUCUUCAUUGUUCCCGAGGUAGUUUGUACUAAAUACCUAUGUUUAUCUCGUUCAUUGUCUGACUACAUCCAAAGAAUUUUUACGCCAGGGUGUAAAAAUGAUAUGUGACGUCAACGUUCUGCGCAAGUAAGGAUGUUCUUCCCACAGGCCUUAGACUGCUUCACUGUUGACAGAGCCUGCGUUUAUAGACAUGAAUGUCAAGCUUAGGAUAUUCAAAACCAAUGCUAUUUAAAGUUGCAAUAAGAAGAACAAUUGAAUUCGUUUAUAUUUUCAGAGUUUUAGAAUGAAAAAAUUACAUAUUCCUUGGUAUUGUUUGCAAGCAUUUUUUACAUUCCGAUCUUAGAGGGUUUUUUCCUUUUGAUGGUUGGCAAAACAUGACUAAUUUUAAUGUUUUUCUUCUUCCAAAGUUUCGUAUGGUAUUUCAUGGAAUUAUCAUUAAGUAUACCUUCCUAAUUUCUAUCUAUUUUCUUCAUACCUUUUAUCAAGUUUCUUGUUUCUUGUUAGUGUGUAUAUUAUAGUAUGUCAUGGUUAACUUAUGUUCUCUAGUUGCAGAGGCCAGUAAGUGGGACCAAAAUUGUUUGUUACGCAUAAUAACAAAUAAGGUUGAAAUAAAUGAUACCCAGUCACGAAAGUUAGUUUCCUA